GAGCUCCCCAGGCUGAAGUGCAGUCAAAUGACCAGAAAAAAACCCCUUAGAGUGAUCUCAACCUCCAGGAACUGGCCACUGGUGGGGGUUGUGGCCAUCCCUGGGCACCCAACCAUACAAAAAGGAGAAUUUUGUUCUCUUCUUGGCAUUUUGAAUGACUAAGAAGCCCAGAGACCUGUCUCUAUCAUUACACAGGAAGCUGAGGACUUCCUAUUCUAUCAAGACCUCGAACCUUGAAAACAAAGACUCUAACAGACUUCGUGGACAAGACCCCUCGAUACCAGACAAAGUACAUACGGAAACUAUCUUCCCGGACCCAUGGAAGAAGCCAGCAUGGAAAUCGCAACCACGACAAAGGACUACGAGGGGAUCACAGAAUAUGACUAUGGGCAAGCAACCCCCUGCCAGAAAGCAGAUCUGAGGGCUUUCGGGGCUCAGCUGCUGCCCCCCUUGUACUCCCUGGUAUUUAUCAUUGGCCUGGUCGGCAACAUCCUGGUGGUCCUGGUCCUCCUGCAAUACAAGAGGCUCAAGAGCAUGACCAGCAUCUACCUCCUCAACCUGGCCAUUUCUGACCUGCUCUUGCUCUUCACGCUGCCCUUCUGGGUUGACUACAACCUGAAGGAUAACUGGGCGUUCGGCAGUGGCAUGUGCAAGUUGCUCUCCGGGCUUUAUUACUCAGGCCUGUACAGCGAGAUCUUUUUCAUCAUCCUGCUGACCAUCGACAGGUACCUGGCCAUUGUCCAUGCCGUGUUUGCCCUGCGGGCCCGGACGGUCACCUUUGGCAUCAUCUCCAGCGUUGUCACCUGGGCCCUGGCCAUCCUGGCUGCCAUGCCGGGCUUUUACUUUUCGAAGUUGCAGCUGGAGUCGACCCACUACACCUGCAGCCUUCAUUUUCCUCACGAACACCUCACGCAGUGGCGGCAGUUCCAGGCCCUGAAACUAAACGUCCUGGGGCUGAUUCUGCCUCUGGUGAUCAUGGUCGUCUGCUACACGAGGAUUAUAACGAUCCUGUUCCGACGGCCCAAUGAGAAGAAGGCCAAGGCCGUCCGCCUGAUUUUCGUCAUCAUGAUCAUCUUCUUUCUCUUUUGGACACCCUACAACCUGACCGUGUUUGUCGCUGCUUUCCAAGGCGCCAUUAUGUCUGAUGAGUGUGAGCAGAGCAAACGGCUGGACCUGGCUCUGCAAGUGACCGAGGUGAUCGCCCACACGCACUGCUGCGUCAACCCGGUCAUCUACGCCUUCGUGGGCGAGAGGUUCCGCACGUACCUGUACCAGAUGUUCGGCAGGCUCCGGGCCGUGGUCCCCGUCCCGCACACCCAGAGGCCGGAGAAGGACAGCUCCAUGUCCCCCUCCACGGCGGAGCACGACCUCUCCCAGGUGCUCUGACUCGGGCCCCUCCAAGAGUGACCUGCCAGGCACGCUGGCCCGAGAGCAGGCAGCUUGGCCGGCCAGCGAUUCUGACCAGGGACACAGCGUGGAAUGACGCCACCAGGGCCCGAGGGGUCUACACUGAACCACCUUCUCCGUGGACUUCCCCAUGGACUUCUUCCUGGAGAUGAAUGAGAGACCUGGAACAUUCUGGAAGAUGGGACGACGGGUGCCAGCGAAGGACUCGAACCCAAACGGGUUCAGGUUUGUGAACAUUAACAUUUGUAAACAGCGGGGCAGGUGUGGCUCCAUGGAUUGAGCCACAUGGGCUGAGAAGUCCCUGUUGGAUUCCCAGUCAGGGCACGUGCCUGAGUUGUGGGCUCGAUCCC